UGGUUUAUUUGAUGUCUUAGGUGAGGUCAUCAUCACCAUCAUAAAGAGGACUUAAAAAGUGAACAGUGUGGAUGGAGAUUGGGACACAACAGUUGAUACCACAGCACUUUAAUACCACAUCUUGAGUCGUAUUUUUCUAGUUGUGACUCAUAUCAAACAAUGGACAAUGUUUCAGUGGUAACAUUGUUUACUCUUUCAGGUUUAAACUACACCAUGGACCAAAAGAUUGUUCUCUUUUCCUUUUUUUUAUUGUGGUAUAUUGCUAUUCUCUUUUUUAACAUAUCUAUCAUUGUCAUCAUCAUUAUGGAUAAACGCCUUCACGAGCCAAUGUAUAUCUUCCUGUGUAAUCUCUGCAUCAAUGGGCUCUAUGGAACAGCAGGAUUCUUCCCCAAGUUUCUCUGGGAUCUCUUAACCUCUCAUGUCAUCUCUUAUGCACAAUGCAUGGUACAGGGUUUCGUAGUACACUCUGCGAGCAUCACUGAUCUGUCCAUCCUGGCUCUGAUGGCCUACGACAGAUAUGUGGCCAUUUGUCGACCGUUGGUGUAUUAUUCAGUGAUGACAAAACAGAGGGUCUCCAUAUUUGUGUUUUUUUCCUGGUUCAUUCCACUCAAUGCAAUGUUUGCGAACUCUGUCUCACUGGUAGGGAUGCCAUUGUGUGGCUCACACAUAAACAGACUGUACUGUGUUAACUGGAUGAUUGUUCAACUUGCAUGCUCAACUCGCAAGGUGACCGCCAUCCUAGGAUAUAUUAAUAUAAUCUUUUAUUUUAGCCAUGGUGUGUUUAUCGGUUGGUCUUACAUGUAUUUAAUUAAGAUGUGUUUAGCAUCUAAAGACAAGAUGGGGAAGUUUAUGGCAACAUGUGUUCCACAUUUACUAUCUAUGAUAAUUUUUAGUUUUGCAUUAUCAUUGGAUGUGUUAUACAUGCGAUUUGGGUCAAAGACCUUGUCUCAAAAUCUCAUGAACUUUAUUUCAAUAGAGUUUCUUCUUUUUCCAUCAUUCAUGAAUCCCCUUAUAUAUGGAUUUAAACUGACCAAGAUUCGAAACAUAAUUCUUAGCUUUUUACCUGCCAGGAGAAGAAAUGAAGAGUGCAAAACUUUCAAAUUGGUUGAAGUGCCUCAGGAUUUAAUAUUGAAAUAAUAUAAAUCUGACUUCAACCUAGCCUCUGUUUUGAUGGUAUAUUGUUCAAAUCUUUUCUUAAUUAUGAAUGGAAACCCAUUGUAAAUGUCCACAGUAUUUCCUUUUUUAUUUUGAGAAUGAAGGGCGAUUCCACAAGAAUGCUUGAAUAUAUCACAAAACACCUUUGCUUGUAUUUUACUUGUUGAAAGGUGAACCUUCUCCCUUGUUACUUGUUGCCUGUCUCAAUGGCUCUCUAGGUUGCCAACUCUCUAGGUUGCCAAUGUUUAGGACAGACAGACACAUAAACAGGAUGUCCAAUGGCUAAUCUUCCAAUAACAAAUACAUUCAUAUAACAUCCAUAGAAUAAAAAGCGAAUACAUUGUGUUUUAUUUACAAUAUUAUAUAUUGGCUGUUGUUCGUGCUGGACUCAUAUGGCCUACUUGUACAAUGAGAUUACAGAAUGUUAACUUCAUGUUAAGUCAAAAAACAAAUGUUGUUUUCAUCGGCACUGUUAUGUACACUUUUGCUGUAACUGCAUUUCCCUUUGGGGAUCAAUAAA